AUGAAAAGUUUCAAGAGCCUGUCAGGGCUCCUCAGACGGGAAUCCAAGAACCGCCAAUCUCAAGAAACAAACGACCAGAGCCCAAUAGUGACCGCAGCGUUCCCAGAUGGACUGGAGGUGCUGCAUGACUAUUCCGAUGCGGCGCUCGACAUCUGCUUCAUUCAUGGGUUGACCGGAGAUCGACGGACAACCUGGACACCAGAUCAGCAGCCAGCACCAUGGCCACAGACACUGCUUCCGUCGCAUGUCAGCAAAGCUCGCAUAUUGAGCUAUGGAUAUGAUGCAUAUUUUGCACGAAAGUCGACCGCGUCGUGUAAUCGGGUCAUCGACCAUGCCACAAACCUCUUGCAUGACUUGACUACCGAUCGGGCGUCUUGUGGUGCCUCGUCCAGACCUCUGAUUUUCAUCGCCCACAGCCUGGGAGGUCUUGUCACCAAAAAGGCAAUUCUGCUUUCCCGAAAUAACCCCGAGGCCCAUCUCCAGGGCGUGUUCAAGUCCACGAAGGCCAUCAUAUUCAUGGGCACGCCUCACAAAGGAUCUUGGAUGGCAAGCUGGGCCAAAAUCCCCGCAGCAACAUUAGGAUUAGUGAAGUCGACAAAUCAGUCCUUGUUCGCGGUACUGCAUAGCGAAAGUCAAUUCCUCGAAUCUCUCCAGAUCGAAUUUCUGGCACUGAUACGGCAGCUGCGUGAGGCUGGCAGAGGUCUCGAGGUGACCUGCUUUUUCGAGGAACUUCCAUUGCCGCUGGCGGGACAAGUGGUGUCGAAAGAAUCGGCGACUCUGGAUGGAUAUAACGCCAUCAGUAUCCAUGCUAACCAUAGUAAUAUGGUGAAGUUUGGGUCUUCGGAGGAGAAUGGAUUCAAAAGAUUGGUGGGGGAGCUCCAGAGGUGGCAAUCGCAACUCAGGGAUGUGGAGGCCAAUUCAAAUUCACCUCACUCAACGAGUAAUGAGUCGGCUCAGAGAUCAGAUUCCUUGCAACCCAACCCAGCGACUGACUCGAGCUACACAUUUUGCAACAGUGGCAGCGGAUGGAUCAACAGCAAUGUUGGCUCGGGACCUCAGAACAACAACAAUGGCACCGGUAAUCAGUUCAACAGUCCGAUCCAAAGUCUGGUGCUGCCGUCAGUGCAAUCCAACAGGUGA